AUGGAAGGCAUAGAAGAUAUCGAGUACGAGGGUUUGGACCCCAAUGCGGGUCUCGCUGUGAAUAUGAUGGCAGGUGCAUUGGCAGGUAUCACAGAGCAUGCGGUCAUGUUCCCCGUUGAUAGCAUAAAAACACGAAUGCAAGUAUUUGCGACGUCACCAUCGGCGGUGUACACCGGCAUCGGGAAUGCGUUCACACGGAUAUCAUCCACGGAGGGUAUGAGAGCACUAUGGCGGGGUGUUUCCUCAGUGAUUAUGGGCGCGGGGCCAGCACAUGCGGUACAUUUUGGGACGUAUGAGGCUUUCAAGGAGUUGGCAGGAGGAAAUGAUUCAAGUAAUCGGAAUCAAUGGAUUGCGACAUCGUUUGCAGGAGCAUCAGCCACUAUCGCGAGUGACGCGCUCAUGAAUCCUUUUGACGUGAUCAAGCAACGGAUGCAGGUCCACCAGUCUGAGUUCCGCUCCGCCAUCACCUGCGCGCGCACAGUCUACGCGACUGAGGGCCUCUCCGCGUUCUACGUAUCAUACCCCACUACGCUGACGAUGACUGUCCCUUUCACGGCUGUGCAGUUCACGACGUACGAGCAGAUUAAGACGCUGUUGAACCCAUCCGGUGUAUACUCGCCCGCGUCCCACAUCAUCGCGGGUGGCCUGGCAGGUGGUGUUGCGGGCGCUGUAACGACGCCGCUAGACGUGGCAAAGACGCUGCUGCAGACGAGGGGCACAUCGAAAGAUCCGGAAAUUCGGAAUUCGAGGGGAAUGAUGGACGCAUUCAGAAUCAUUUGGGCAAGGGAUGGGUGGAAGGGCUUUACGCGUGGACUCGCGCCACGAGUACUGACGUUCAUGCCGAGUAAUGCACUUUGCUGGCUAUCCUACGAGUUCUUCAAGGCUGCGAUACGAGAGGACUGA